AUGACGACAACUGUGCGCCCCGUUAUUCGCGACCGGGCAACAGAGAGCCAUUUUGCGACGACAGGACUAUGCAAUGUAACAUCUGAAGGGGUGGACGGAGCGAGACAUGCGGCAUCGAAGGAAUACCGGCACGUUAUAGAUACGAAGGAGGCCGGCGAGCCUUUGGACAAAAGCAAGAGUACCGACACGAAAUAG